AGAAAGUCGCUUAUCUCUCCUCCAAAUAUCUAAGCUGACGUGUCACACCAAAUUUGGCUGAAACAUAUUUUUCCCAAAAUCUUCAUACCAACUCAUUUUUUUUUUUUUGAAAGGCUCUUCAUACGAACUCAUGUCUCAUGAUCUAUGAUUUUCACUUUUGACAAACAAAUCCACAGCCCGAUUCACUGAAUCCGGACACUUUUGAAUCCAGCCAAAAUCACGAGCCGAAUUCCGUAUAAUUCAAUCCGUUUCUCACCUGCACCAUUAAUUACUUCAAAUAAUAUCCUUCUUCUUAAUUAAACCAAUGAAAUACGAGUUGCUUCACAGCACUGAUCCGGCUACAGUUUCAGAAUCAGAUCUGAACUUUCCGGCAUCAUCAUCAACGCCGUCAAUGGAUCGGGUUACUAACGGAAGCGUUGACUUCAGAGGCAGAAUUGCCGAUAAACGGAAAACCGGUGGAUGGAGAGCAUCUCCGUUUAUUAUCGCGAAUGAGGCUGCGGAGAGGCUGUCGGCGUUCACGGUGUCGGCUAGUUUGGUGUUGUAUUUGACAAAAGAGAUGAAGGAAUCGUUGCCGGAUGCGGCUACUCAUGUGAGUGAUUGGGUGGGAGCCACAUAUCUUCUUAUGUUAGUCGGUGCCUUUUUAGCCGAUGCUUAUUUGGGCCGUUAUCUUACUGUUAUUCUCUCCUCCGCCGUCUACCUCAUCGGAAUGAUUAUGUUAACCGUUUCGGCUUCCGUACCCACCUUACGUCCUACUUGCAGCACCGAAACAUCAAACUGCCCGUCGUCAGCAACCCCGGGCCAAUCGGCAUUCCUCUACUCAGCCUUAGCCCUGGUAGCCCUAGGAACCGGCGGGGUCAAGCCCAACGUCCCGUCAUUUGGUGCAGACCAACACGAUGAGAACGACGAAAAAGAACUCUCAUACAAAUACACUUUUUUCAACUUCUUUUUCUUAUCAAUCAAAGUUGGAGCUUUGUUAGGGCUGACAGUGAUGGUGUAUAUAGAACAGGAGAAAGGGUAUGCGUGGGGGUUUGGGCUACCAACCGGGAUCAUGUUUGCGUCGGUUGUGAUCUUGGCCGCCGGGUUUCCGAGGUAUCGGUAUAAAAAGCCAAUGGGGAGUGUUUUUACUAGAUUUAUUCAGGUGAUUGUGGUUGCUGUUAAAAAUCAUUUUAAAGGUGUUGAAGUUAGUCAUGAAGUUAAGCUUUAUGAGGUUGCUACAGAAGAAUCUGAUAUCUUGGGUGCUAGAAAGCUCUCACAUACUCCUCAGUACAGAUUCUUGGACAAAGCAGCAGUGAUGGAAGAUCCCGAGUUAACUGACAUAACCGACCGAUGGAAACUAUGCACCGUAACACAAGUAGAAGAAUUAAAAACCUUCGUUCGGGUCUUCCCCGUUUGGGCCUCAACCAUAGCCCUUUCCCUCUCCUUAGCCCAACAAUCCACCUUCUUCCUAGCCCAAUCCAAAAUCCUUAACCGAAAACUCGGCCCAAACUUCGUCAUCCCACCGGGCUCCAUGCAAGUUUUUGCGGUGAUAAAUGCUUUUAUCACCGUCCCCGUUUAUGAAAAAUGUAUCGUCCCCAUCCUACAACGGAAAACAAACCACCACAGGGGCCUCACAUCCUUGCAACGAAUGGGGCUGGGCUUGUUCAUUUCCAUUUUUGCCCUUGCCUUAGCUGCAGCAAUCGAACACAUGCGUAGGACCCACUCUAACCCCUCCGAUUUAUCCGUGUUUUGGUUGGUCCCACAAUUUUUCAUAUUGGGUGGGGCCGAGUCGUUCACGUAUGUUGGACAACUGGAGUUCUUUUAUGAUGAAGCUACGGAUGGUAUGAAAAGUGUUUGUGGGGCGUUGUUUUUGAGUGAGAUUGGGAUUGGGAGUUGGGUAAAUACCGCGCUUGUUAAGAUGGUUGAAGGGGCCACAGGAACGGGUGAGGGUGGAUGGUUAAGAGAUGAUCUUAAUGAGAGUAAACUUGAUUACUAUUAUGCGAUAUUGGCCGCGAUUAGUGCGGUUAAUUUGUUUUUAUACGUAUGGGUUGCUCGUAGGUACAAGGGUCGACAUCAAGGAUAAUAUGUGUGAUUAUAAUCAUUAGUGGUGUGAUCACAUGAGAAGUUGCAUAGGCUUUUGUGAUUUUCUCCCUUAAAGGGAUCAGGGUGUUGCAUUCGACGCCAAAAGUAUUAGUCGAAAAAUUGUCAAAGUUUAUAAAAUUCUAAUUGUUAUGUCGUAAGUUAUUUAGUUCCAUUUA